UCACAAACGCGUUUGCCUUGAGCAAAGAAGCAGCACCAUCAGCAAUAGCAAGCAAUAGUAACAAAUAAGUAGACAAGCAGAUUUGUAAAAUUACCAAUUUGUCCCAUCGGCAAGUAUCAACAAGUGCAGUAGCUUAGCAAUCAAUUAAAAACAAAAUUAACAAAAUGUGUAGAAACGCUUUCGUUAUUGCUUUACUCAUAAUUGCUACCUGUCAAUUUUCAACGUUACAUGCGGGUCGCACAAUUAAAACGGCAGGACGCCGUGGUUAUUAUGGUGGCUAUCAGCCAACGCCAGCACCGACCACAGAACCACCACAAACACCUAAAGAAUAUUUGGACAAACAGUCAGGUUAUUCCACUUUUGGUGUAAUCUCGAUAAUAUUUUUAAUUAUUAUGGCUUGUUUGAUAUUCUACUAUGGCAUUAUGUGCUAUCCGUUUUUGUGUCGCGAAGAGAAAAAAUAUAGUUAUAUGGAUGCAUCGUCGACCAUCACUUCGGCCACUUCACGUUCAAUACAGUCUAUAGAGAACUUUCCGGUAGACCAAAAGCACUGAGUCAGCGUCAACAUAGUGGGAGGUCGUACUCUGUGUGUAUGUGUGGAACACUGUUGAGAAAGUGUUUCAAAGAAAUUUUGGCAACUUAAAAGACUAUACACAAAAUUUUUUCUACUAUUUUAGCAUUUAUGAAGUUACAAUAUUUUUUACAACAAAAUGUGGUUAAGGUUUGGUAAAGUGAAAUUAAUUUAACUAGAUGAGUGUUUAAGUAAUAUUUCCAAGAAAGUGCUUUGUUAACAACUAAUGAUGCAAUGCGUCAUCCGUCAUAAUUUACACUAUAUUGCAACAUUUACAAUGAGUUGUACCCCACUUCAACGGGGUAGUUUUAAUUCAGUUGAAAUCCUUUGUGGUACACUAUAAACUGCCAGUUUCGAAGCGUGCUAGAGUUCACGUAUACACAGCAGCUGAUUUCAUUUAAGUAUUUUUAAAAAUAGAAUAUUCUUGCCUUCUUAUAUUGAUGCUAACAACACAUGCUCAAGCAAUUGAAAAUAAGUAUUUGAAGUAAUAUUUAAACACUCCAGGUUGUGUGAAGCAAUAUGCCGUACUUAAUUAUAUUAAACAUUAAUAAGAAAAUAUUCAAAAAAUAUUUCUAAGUUAUACAUAUGUAUACACAAUAACUUUUUUUUAAACAAAAAAACCUACACACUCGAAUAAAAAGUUAACAAUAUAUUACAAGUUGUUGUUCAUACACCCAUUCUCGCAUCAACACAAAAACUAACUCCUUACAAACUCAAAUAUUUUAAGCAUACAAUAUCGGUAUCGCGCGUAAUAUACAUAUACAUAAGUUUAUAGACAUAAGUAGCAGUACUAACAAAGUAAAAUAUACAGCCUUCACACCCUUUUUGUUGUAAGUUCUUAGCAUACAUACAUACAUAUACAUAUAAGCAAGUAAACAUUUAACGGGGCAAGACUUAAAGCUCAAAUGACAUGCCAAUUUGUUUAACACUUUUUAUACAUUUGCAUUUUUUAUACUUGAAAUACUUAUAUACAAAUCUUGAUAUAUAUACAAAAUCUAGCCUAGUUAUAGUAUAGCAUGUAGUUUUGUUUAUAAAGACGUGUGCGAAUACGUAUUUUUAUAGCAUUUUUUACAUCAACUUUUUUAUAUAAAUAAAUAUACAUUUUGUCAUACUAUCCAACUUUUUAUAAUAAACAUAUGUUUUUCUACAAUUUUUUUUUUGCUAAUUUUCUGUCACUUUAAGAACGUAUGUGUUCUGCAAGAUAUGACGUGGCGGCGCAAAUCUCAAGCACAGAUCAAUCGCACGUUUUGUAGGCGAUGGUUUUUUUUUUUCAAAACAAGAUAUAAUAGAAUAUUUUAAUUAUUUACAGUUAAAAGCCGUUGAAUCAGCUUUUGGACUAAUGAAUGUGUAUAUACGUAGUUAUAUAUGAGUUGUAUAGCUUAGUGAUCUUGGAUAUAAACUCUUCAUCUGCGCUUAGUUUGCCUUUUUCUAAUAAAUUGUUAGAUACACAAUAGAAAUUCGACUAUGCUGAUAAACAAGGAACAUAUAGUUGUCGUCGAAACCAUCUAACGGGAGGCCUAGGGAACGUGCUGUUUCGACAGGGUUGGACCAAAGGGAAAGGGGUGUUAGAUGAGUAGGGUUCGUUGGGCAUGCAAAGAGGCAUCAUUACAAUUUAUUGAUAUAGUUUUAUCCAAUGCUAUAUGUUCACUUAAUAUUUCACAUAUUAACCGAUUUAUAAGGUGCGUUAAAGUAAUUGAAAAUACAUUCGCAAAAGUCUUUCAAAACUUACAAUAUGAAGUAUGAAGCGGAACGAUGGAAAUCGUAAUACAGUUGAACUUCCCUAACUCGAAUCACUAUAAUCCACAAAAAAACUACGUGUUAGAGAGACUUCCGCGUUACAGAAGGUAAUUUGUAUGAAAUUCGAUUUCUAUUGUCAAUUCAAGAGUUCGAGUUAUGGAGGUUCAACUGUAUAUGUACAUCAUCUGUCGGCUAGUGAAAGAAACUGAUAAAUAAAUACAUUUAUAUUUAUUUUUAUUGAGAUGUCGCAUACAGUGAUUAAUAUAAAUUAAUAUGUUCAAUUAUACAUGUUUAGAGACACAAACAAGUACAAAUUCGAAAUUAUAGAUACACAUCUGAGGAUAUUUGAAAAUAAAUUUUCAUAAUUGAAUAAACGAGCAUAUACAUAAUUAUUUAACAACAGUAUUCAACCGAUUCAGUUCCAAUAAAUAUUUAGGCACUUGCAUUUAAAUUGCGCAACAACAAUUGUUUGAGGCAAUUUCGAGUUGGUCGUAUCAUCAUUUGCGCAAACGCCAGCGAUUCAAGUCUUUCUAUUUGCACCCAGUUCACGCCAUAUUCAUCGUCACUAUAGCGUCCAUUUAGGUGGCUAUAAAAAUAUAUACAUAUGUAAAUAUUUAUCAUCAUUUAUAGCAAACUGUGUUUUUCCUUACCAUAAAUAGCAUUUUUCAAACCACCAACCGCCUUUAAACAUCUCUGCACAAUUCCUUGUAUGUAUAUCAUUAUCACGAUCAUAAGUUGAAAAUUUCAUUCCCAAUUGUCUGCGGAAGGAAUCGCCAGCAUUGCCGCUAUAAUUUCCCAAUUUCUUCAAAGCGUAGUUCUCUGACUCCCCAGCAAUAACAAACUGUGUAUAUUUUGCAUAGUAUUCCUUGCCAUUACGUCUUCUCAUUUGAAUAUAUAACUCCUGUUCACAGUCGCUAGUGAGCGCAUGUAGUUUCUCCAAACCGAUCCAAUAGUUACCCGUUAGGUCGCCAAAUCCCUUCUUAUAGUCCGUCCAAUUUCUAUAAAAAUCUACGGAGUCGCUUUGACGCCGCUGUAUAACUAAC